GAGCAGCAGGACUGUGCGUCACAGCCAUCGGCGAAGAUAGGAGGGGGAAGGGAGGUGUGUGUGGGGGGGGGGAUACCUAUGGGAGUCAACAAACUGCAGUGUGUAUUCCUUCCACGGCCGACAAAAACCAGUCGGGCUGAUGUUAAAUGAUGACUUAGCUCACAGCGUUACAGGUGACUGGAGACAGCUGGGAGCGUCUGUGAGCCGGAGGGAGCGCAGCAGACGGACCUAAAACAGCGAAGUAUAGCGCCGAUGAAGCCGGCGCCUUGAGCUGCAGGUGAAUCCCCCAAACUGCGAGAGCUGUCCGGGACCAGCGCGUCACCUGAAUGACGGGAUAUGAGACAAUGAGGCAACUAGGGACGACGGGGAUAAAACGACUCCAAGUCACGAGAGUGGGAAUGCGCGUGCGAUGACGGACGGCGCAAGGGACAGCGAAGAGGUAAAGCAGAGGAAAGUUGUCUAGCUCAUUAGCAGGGCUCCCGGUGCUGGAUGAGAAAAGAAAAAUAAAAGACGGAACAAAUGAGCCAAGCGUGCGUAAUUUUGUAAACAAAUCAACCGGGGGAAGCCGACUUUAUUUUUUAAAAGACAGGACUUGAGCCGGAGAGGGAGAGAAUCAUGGAGCCGGAGGAGACCACAGAGGGACAAGGCGCUAAUUUGGCACAAUCUGCCGCCUCCAAACUGUCCCAGAUGGGUGAAAGAACUAAACAACUGGGCAAUGUAAUCCAAGACCCAGAGAGGCAGAAACGGAUUAUUCUAGUGAUAGUCUGUGUAGCACUUUUGUUAGACAACAUGCUUUACAUGGUAAUUGUGCCAAUUAUACCCGACUACCUUGAAGACCUGCAGACCGCAGCGGAUCAAGCCCAAGAUGCUGUACUGCACACCAACUCCACUAACAGCACCACCCACAAAACAACCAAGGGGAACUUCGACCUACAGAUAGGUGUUCUUUUCGCCUCCAAGGCCAUCCUGCAGCUCCUGGUGAACCCGCUGAGUGGCACGUUUAUAGAUAGGGUCGGGUACGAUAUCCCGCUCUUCAUCGGGCUAAAUGUCAUGUUUCUCUCCACACUCAUAUUUGCCUUCGCUGAAAACUACGCGACUCUGUUCCUGGCGCGCAGCAUGCAGGGCCUCGGCUCGGCUUUCGCGGACACAUCAGGGAUCGCCCUGAUCGCAGACAAGUACACAGAGGAGGCAGAGAGGAGCAAAGCGCUGGGUAUUGCCUUGGCUUUCAUCUCUUUUGGAAGUCUUGUGGCGCCCCCGUUUGGAGGGGUCCUCUAUGAGUUCGCGGGGAAGCGGGUGCCCUUCCUGAUUCUGGCCUGUAUCUGCCUCAUUGAUGGUGUUUUGUGUCUGUGUGUGCUGAAACCCUUCUCAAACCGAGAGAGAGAAAACAUGCCAGUGGGCACCCCAAUAUAUAAACUGAUGAUUGAUCCCUAUAUAGCUGUAGUGGCUGGUGCUCUCACUAUUUGUAACAUCCCCCUCGCCUUCCUUGAGCCUACUAUCGCCAACUGGAUGGAGGAAACCAUGCAUGCCAGCCAGUGGGAGAUCGGCAUGACGUGGUUCCCUGCAUUCUUCCCCCAUGUUUUAGGUGUAUAUCUCACUGUCAAAUUAGCAGCCAAGUACCCUCAUCUCCAGUGGUUUUACGGUGCUAUAGGCAUGGUGUUCAUAGGCGCGAGCUCCUGCACAGUGCCAGCCUGUAAAAACUUUGGACAGCUCAUGAUCCCGCUGUGCGGAAUCUGCUUUGGCAUCGCCUUCGUGGACACGGCGCUGCUGCCAACGCUGGGUUUCCUGGUGGACGUGCGACAUGUGUCUGUGUACGGCAGCGUGUACGCCAUCGCAGACAUCUCCUACUGCGUGGCCUAUGCCCUGGGGCCCGUGGUGGCUGGACAGAUAGUGCACGACCUGGGCUUUGUUCAGCUCAACUUAGGCAUGGGCCUCGCCAAUGUACUUUACGCACCGGCGCUCCUCCUGCUGAAGAACGUGGCACAGAUGAAGCCCUCUUUCUCCGAGCGAAAUAUGCUCCUGGAAGAUGGCCCAACGGGACUGUAUGAUACUAUUAAGAUGGAGCAACGGGAGAAGAAGAGAAAGGGCUUGUGCACAACAAUCGACGAGAAUGGCAUCGAAACCUUUGCGCAACGGUCGUACUCAGAGGAGGAAUCCUCAGGGGGAGAGUAUGCGUAAAAGACCCUUAACUGAGUGUGAAACUAUCAAAGUGCCCAUGUAGAGCUGUGUGCAUCCCGUCUGAUCAAUUGCAUAACACGAUUAGGAUUGUGUAACAACAUCAAUUAUUUACUGCUUCUGGUGACAAUCCCUCGGGGUAUUGUCAAAUCAAGUAGCUUCAAGCUUUUGCCGUAGAAAGGCGCUCGCUGGCGUUUGUUCAUCUUAAAGUGAGAGUAUUGUGAAAGAUUUGUUGAGAUAAAUGUCUAUUCAUUAACAGUAUUUAUCACUGUAUCAGAAACGGACUCAUAUCGUAUUCAGGGACUGUGUGUAAAUGUAUUUUAACGAAAGAACAAUUAAAAUGUAUGCGUCUUUUAAUGUCAUCUGUGUUCCUCUCGCCAGAGUUGUGCUGCUAAACUCAAUAUGCAAUACUGCGUGUCACACUACAGUUGUGAAGAGAUAAACGAGAUGGAAAUUAAUUGAAAUCUGCGUCUUGUUUGUUUGUUUUGUUUAUUUUUGGAUGAUGUACUUCUGGAAUGCAUAGCCUGUACAUACAUGUAUAUUCAUGUACAUAAUUAAAUCAGUAUUAUGUGAA